AUGUACUGGCCCAAUGGAGUCCCCCGGGUCUACGCCGUCAAUGGCCCUGGCAUCGCCGAUAUUUCAUAUGAUGGGAAUCGCCAACAUAUACAUUCUUUACCGGACCCGCGCAGCUCAAUAGACAACAGCAAUGAUGGGGCAGGUGAUCCAGAAACCCCAGUCGGUGAGAGCCAUGAGCCAACCCCCGAACCAGUGGCCGAGCAGGAUAUGCCAAAAUGGGAGAAUGAAGCUAUCGAUGGCCUCUGUGUGUCUCGUUCUGGUCAUAUGUUUGCGACUAUAACAGAGUCCUCAAUCUCUUUAUGGCAAACCAGGCCAACGGCGGUCGUUGCGGCCAUAGCACGAUCUUCAUAUUCUCUAAAAACAUACGGAUCUAAUGUUGCGCUUCUGAUGCACCCGGACUCGACCAUUCUGGUUGUUCAGACUCUUCAUGGAUAUCUUCUCACGUAUGCGGUGGCAUCGGACCCAGCGACACGAGUCUACCGACAACGGUUCGACCAUACGACACACCCACGCCGCCAACAAUUGACGCACUUUUCUGCCGUCGAGGAAUCCAAUGUGGUCGGAGAUAUUAGCAUUAGGUUUCGAAUGGCAAUCAAGAUCGAGUCUGGGAUUGUCAAGGCGCUGGCGCUGGACCAGGAGCUGGUUGUUGCCACAGUCAAACCACCCGCCAUACAAUGUAUCCGGUGGGCGCCUGAGGCGAGUGGAACACAAACUACUUCUGAAAUGUUGAGCCGCAUUCUCGGUAUUCCGAAGAAUGUUUCUAUUGCGGAUAUGGUUUAUGACCGUGCCAUGAAUAUUUUGAUUUGGCUCACGAGUAGCGGUCAAGCAUAUGCCGUGCAGCGGGUGACUGAAGCCCAGCAAGAUACCGAAGGACCGAAAAAGCUUUUCCAUGGACAUUGCUUCCAUGACCCAAAGGAAGAUGGUGAGAAGGCAGUCAAAGUAGCAGUCAAUGCACGCUUUUCCCUUCUAACGGUCAGCUGCGCGAAUGGUGAGAUUUUGGUAUACACAGCCAAAGAUUACACUGGCAAUGUGCCGCUCUCCCAAAAGCUGCAGCUCCCAGCAACGCCUACCACUACUGGUGCAUUGACUUACAUGAGCUAUUCGCCGGACGGAUACUGUCUCUUCGCUGGUUACGAAAACGGUUGGACAACAUGGAGUGUCUUUGGAAAGCCAGGCGGUAACAGUUUCACUGCCGAUGCUUCAUUAGCCAAGUCCAAUGGAGAGGACUGGUUAAUCGGUAUUUCCGGUGGUUGCUGGAUAGGUGGUGGGUCGGAUAUCAUUCUGUCAGGACGGAAUGACCGACGUCUCUGGAUUUUGGAGACAGCUCGCAGUGCCUUGACGGGUUGUUUCUCUGCUGCCAAUCUUGCGCGAGGCUUACUGCAAACCGGAACUGAGUUCAUUCUUUACCGUGGUCAUGAUUUGCCGGAGCUCAUGACUAUUUCGGGCAAAGACUCGCUAUGGCAUCAUGCUCAGUACCCACCGGCCUAUCUGCAUUCUCAGUGGCCUAUUCGGUCAACUGUCGUAUCUCAAGAUGGUCGAUAUGUUGCCAUUGCCGGUCGAAGAGGGUUGGCACAUUAUAGUGUGAACAGUGGUCGGUGGAAGGUCUUUGAAGAUUCUAAAGUAGAGAAUUCCUUUGCGGUUCGAGGCGGCAUGUGCUGGUAUGGACACAUCUUGAUUGCUGCUGUUGAGGGCGACGGUUCGUCAUACGAGAUACGUCUUUACUCGCGAGAGGCAGCGUUGAACAACAACUCGAUCAUGUUCAUCGAGUAUCUUCCAGCCCCCGUGGUGUUUAUUGGUCCAUCUGGAGAGGACUCUCUCCUGGUGUAUACCUACGACAAUAUCUUAUACCAUUACAUUAUCAACUCCUCGCAGCCCCAAAUAACCCUUGUACCGGUGGGACAGAUCGCAUUCAACGGGAUUGUUCGGGCUCCAAGCCGAGUACGGGCUAUCAGUUGGGUCUUGCCCGAAGAGCAAAUGCACAACGGUGAUCCUUCACAGGAUGUCAAGGUCGCAUCUGUAAUUCUUUUGGUCGACGGCAAUCUUGUUCUGUUGCAACCGACGGUGACUGAAUCGGGCGAUCUCAAAUACGACAUGCGAGUCAUUUCCCAUGAUGUGGAAUAUUAUAUCUUGAUGCGUGAUCAACUCUCCUUCAAUUUUGCGCCUCCUAUAGAUGAGUCUCUCCCAGCGAGUCCAUCUGCCGAAAUUGCCCUUGGUCCCUCCAAAAGCAACCUAUCGAUUAGGGAUUCUCUGUGGAUGUUCUGCGGCCAAGACCUGCUGGCAUGGAAUGAUGUGAACGAUGUUCUUCAGCAAGAGACGGUGCCGGCACCGCUCAAUAUACCCCUGGACUUCUAUCCUCUCUCCGUGUUAUUGAACAAGGGCAUUGUGCUGGGGGUGGAAUCUGAAUUGAUACAGCGACGAGACGUCACAUUUACUACACUCAAAUUUGCCAUUCGGACUCACCUUUUCCUCCCAUACUUCCUUCAAUACGGCCUGAUCAAUCUCGGAACACCGGCAGCUCUUUCUCUAUGCCGACAAUUCUCGCAUCUGUCAUACUUUGCACAUGGUCUAGAAAUCCUCCUCCACCACGUCCUCGACGACGAGGUCGACAACGAAAGCCGCGCCAACAAAUCUGACGAACCAAUCCUCCAGGAAGGCCCCCUUCUCCCAAUUGUUAUUGCCUUCCUCCAAGCAUCUCUCCCCACCCGGGAGUACCUCGACAUAGUGGUGCAGUGCACCCGGAAAACCGAACUCCGAUCCUGGCGCACCCUCUUCAACUACCUGCCCCCGCCAAAAGACCUUUUCGAACAGGCCCUCAAACUCGACUCCCUCAAGACAGCUGUCGGGUACCUUCUCGUCCUUCAAGCCUUCGAAGACGAGGAACAGAGCCACGACGGCAGGAUUGAGGAAUAUGUCGUUCGACUUAUCGGACUCGCCUCGCAAAAAGGUGACUGGGAACUGUGUGCCGAGCUUGCCAGAUUCCUGAUCGCCCUUGAUGCUUCAGGCGAGAUGCUGCAACGUGCUAUUGGCCGUGUAGGACUACGGUCUUGGUCAUCGCGGAAUGGCACUCAUCCUGGUUUGGGAUCGAGGUCUACCUCUGCGGCUGGUGUGAAGGGGCUUGGGCUGAGUCUUCCGAUCAGGACUCCUUCGUGGUCCUCUCUCUCGCCCACAUCGUCGCUCUCGCCGAAUCAGGGCGACGUUUCAGAUGAGUACCCGCAUUCUGCUGACAGUCGGGAUGAUAUUUGA